CCGCGCUCUGCACUACCACAAUAACCAUGGCAGCUAGCCUGCCGUAUCCAGAUUCUCUGCUGAAGAUGCAUCCCUCAGAUUCCCAUUGCAGGGAGUUGGCUUUUCCUGGCUUAUUCAACUUUGUGCUUUCCAUUUUCAUCCUAUUUGCCAUCCUCGCAUCUUACGUCCCCCAACAUGCCCGGAUAAUCUCCCUGAAGAGCUCCUUCGGGAUCUCCCCCUACUUCAUCCUGCUGGGGACGACAUCAAGCGCAUCCUCGUUUGCCAAUAUCAUAACCCUCCCACGGAGCGCACGCGAUAUCUCCUGCUGCAAGGAAAUCAAUGGCGUGGCAUGUUUCUCAACGAUGUUGGGCAUGUUCCAGGUUGGGGCGCAGUGGCUGGGAUUCUCCAUCAUCCUCCUACUCUUCGUCAUCUACUUUCCUAGAGCCACCUCCCCAACCUCCCCGAUAACCUCCGAAGCAGAACCCUCGCCCUCACCCGAAACCAACGGCCCAAGGCCAACCUACAAAACCGCACUAGCAGUGGCAGCCCUCUCCCUUAUCUACACCCUAAUACUCGCCCUCGUCUCCUUCAUUGUCGCCCUACGACACCCCGCCUCCCUCCAGACAUGGGCUAACUUCCUCGGUAUAAUGGCCGCCGUCCUCGCAUCCAUCCAAUACUUCCCGCAGAUCUACACCACGUUGCGUCUCCGCUGCGUCGGCAGCUUGAGUAUCCCCAUGAUGUGCUUCCAGACGCCUGGUGGGCUCGUCUGGGCCGCUAGCUUAGCUGCCCGUGUCGGGAAGGAAGGGUGGAGUACGUGGGGGGUGUUCUUUCUCACGGCUUGUUUGCAGGGUGUGCUGCUUGUUAUGGCAUUGUAUUUUGAGUAUUUUGGCCCGAAGAUGGAGCAUCGGCAUGGCGAGGAUCAGGCGGGGAAGAUUGUUAGACGUGGAUAUGAGCAUGAGGAUGAAGGGGGGCGUGAGUAUGUGGAACGAGAGAAUGGCCAUCCCUCUGAGGAGACGCCGCUUCUACAGAGUCCUUGAUUGAGAUCCUCUUUAGUGUUCUCAUUUUAUAGAUGAAUAUAUGCAUGCACG